AUGGCCCAUUCUUCUGCCUCCCCUGUUCCUGCGGCCGAUCCGUCCAAGCCGGCCCACAUCGUCUUUGUCGGAGCUGGCGCCGUGGGAUGUUUCUAUGCAUCGAGACUUCAUUACCCUGAUCACAACAUUCACGUUUCGUUGAUUGGCCGUUCCAACUACGCAGCCCUCGCCAAGGACGGCGUGCAGCUGCACACCCACACAUUCGGCGAUUAUGUCUUCCAUCCCCAUGCCGUCUACCCGUCCGCCAACGCCGCCGGCGGUGUUGCGUCUAGUGGUGCAGGCAGCUCGUCCGAUGCCGUGCCACCACCGCCACCAGGUGGCUGGGACUUUGUCGUCGUGACCACCAAGGCGCUGCCGGACCGGGUUGACGAUUCGGGCACAAUUGCGCCGCUGGUCGGGCCGAAGUCGACCAUUGUUCUGAUUCAAAACGGCGUGGGUGUCGAGGCUCCGUACCGCGCCCGUUUCCCCGACACACCCAUCAUCAGCGGCGUCACAGUGGUCAGCGCGGAACAGAUCAAACCCGGCGUCAUUCGCCAGAACCGCUGGACGCGUCUGCACAUUGGGCCCUACACUACGUCGGCUGAGUCGUCGUCUUCGCCUUCGUCGCCGCCCUCCGUACAGAUUGAUGAAAACAGCCCUCUCGCAAAGCGGGGCACCGAGGCAACCUUGCAGCUGACCGACUGGUGGACGCGUCUCGGUGGCAUUCGCGACAUUGAUCCGCUCGAUGAGGUGGGCCUGCAGACGGUGCGCUGGCACAAGCUGUGCAUCAACGCGGCCUUCAAUCCGUCGGCCGUGCUGUCGGGCGGCCGCGGCAAUGCCGAUAUGGCGUCGGACCCAGAGCUGCGCAUCCACCUGCGCGCCGUCAUGGACGAGAUCUGGGCGGCCGCCCCUCGUAUUCUCGGCCGGCCCUUCCCCUCCGACCUAGCCAGCCCGGACAAGAUCCUGGCGAGCACCGACCGCAACAAGGGUGCGCGGCCGAGCAUGCUGCUGGACUGGGAAGCCGGUCGGCCUCUGGAGCUCGAGGUCAUUGUCGGCAACCCGGUCCGCAUAGCCCGCGCACGCGGCGUCGAGCUGCCGCGCAUGCAGAGUCUGUAUGCCCUGCUCCGGAGCUCACAGGCUGUGCGGGAACAGACGAAGAACAAGGACAAGGGAAAACUGUAA